AUGCCUGUCCACCUACACAGUGAAAGUACCAUCAUAGAUGGCAUUAAUCCUUCUAUUGCCAUGGAAGAUAUGAUUAACUCCAAGAAUGUAUCUGUAUCGAUGCGCCAAUUUAUCAUGACUCAUGAUCUUUCGCGGCGGCACGCCAAAUCGGAAUGUAAUGGUAACAAGAUAAUGUUAAUGAAUAAAGAAGAAGAGUCUAAUGAGGUGAUCGACGGAAUCAACUAUAGCAAUAACACCACACGACCUUCUCUUAAUUCAUCAUUAUCGUCGUUACCACGAAGAAAAUCUUCUGUACUAGAUAUUUCAAGCCUGUUAUGCGACUUACCAUCCACUUCUUCUCCUGCUUACGACUCUUCUAUCGAUGGGGAUAGUAGCAUGGAUGACAUAUCAACAACCAGUCAGCUUGGUGAUAAUGAAUCAUUGGAUUCUCCACGUUCUUGUCAUAACGAUUCUCCGGUAGUUAGGCCUGUACUACCUUCAAUCAGAACUUUUGCUUCUUCUCCUAAUCUGAGAUCGGAUGUUAACUCCGACUUACCUCAUAUUACAAAUUGCGAAAAUGGGAAUCUGGAUUCCCGAAAAUCUUGGAAUCAUAAUCAACCGUUAGAACAAUUUGCUGCUUUUACAACGGAAACUUAUCGUUCAGAUUCUCCGAUAAAACGAUCUUCAUUUGAUGUUGUUCAAAAUCGAUAUACACCAUAUCCUUCUUCAACUUCUCAUGCUUAUGCUAAUCAACGCUUAUUACCGUCUGUUGAUCAAAGACGUCAUUCAGAUUUAUCUGGAUUUACUUCCUCACGUGGUUCAGGACAAGUUCAUGAUCAUUCCUAUUUUAAUCAAUCUCAUAAUACUCACUAUCCACAUUAUGCUGAUAGAGCUUCAAGUACUUCAACUUAUCCUAUUCAUAGUCCACCGUCUUUCGCUAAACGUAAGAGAGCCAAUGCAAAUCAAUUAAAAGUUCUUAAUGAUGUAUUUGCCAGGACAUUUUUUCCCUCCACUGAGUUACGUAUUCAAUUAGGAAAAGAGUUAGGUAUGGCUCCACGAACUGUCCAAAUUUGGUUUCAAAAUAAACGACAAAGUUGGCGUAGUAAAACACGAGGAAAUUCAAAUUCUUCAAUUAAAGAUGAAGAUGAUAGAGUUGAAAGUGAUAUGGCAAAAAAAUCAUCAAAUUCAAGAAGAUCAAGUAAUUCAGGAUCUUCUUCAGACCUUGAAAAUCUUGAAAACCUUGAAAACUUUGAAGAAGAACAAGAACGACGUGAGAGACUUCCAACAUUUGCGCAAUUCGCGCACCAAUAUCAUUCUACAAACAAUUAUGAAUCUUUUACGAGUAGUAAUAGAUUACCAGCUCCUUUAUUAACUACUCCUCGUCAUCAUGCGCAACCACUGUCCUCAACUUUUGAAUAUCCACCAACUGUUAGCAGUGGUAUCUGA